UGUUCUUUUUUUUUCUUUAGGGGAUUAACUGGAUUAACCAGCAGCUGCAGGCGUUGUUUUGCUUAUUUUGUCUUUUAUUUCUACUCUGAGAAGUUGGGCACAGCUCAUUUAGAGUAGCAUUGGACCGAGUGGGAGCUGAUCAUCACUGAGCUGAAAGAGGGAGAAGACAGGAAGGUUUAGGAGAAGAGGAGCAAGAAGGAACCAUGGGUGUGCAAAAGGGAGAUGUGGAAAAGUUCCUCCAGGGGAAUCCUGCGUUUGCUAAACAGUACUUUGCCAAGAAGAUGAGCCCUGCCUCUGUAUCGAAGGCGUCAGGACUCCCAGAGAACCAGAUCGACUUCAGUCAGUUUGAGGAGCUCAGUCAGGUUGAGGAAAGCCGAAUCAUGUAUGACCUGAUCAAAGACAUGCAGGAGAACAUCAACAUGGAAAAGGUGGUCUUCAAGAUCCUGAAGAGAAUCAGCGCUCUCAUCCACGCUGACCGGUGCAGCCUGUUCAUGUACCGGCAGCGGAACGGCAUCGGAGAGCUCGCAACAAGGCUCUUCAACGUCAGCACAAAGGCAGAGUUUGACGACUGCGUGGUGCCACCGGACUCUGAGAUCGUCUAUCCGCUGGACAUGGGAAUAGUUGGCAAUGUGGCCCUGACCAAGAAGACUGUUAAUGUGAAAGAUGUUAAAGAGAACCAGUACUUCAGCUCAUUUGUCGACGAACUCACAGACUACGAGACCAGGAACGUUCUGGCUACACCCAUUCUCAACGGUAAAGACAUGGUGGCAGUGAUCAUGGCUCUGAACAAGACCACAGGACCACAUUUCACUGCUGAGGAUGAAGACCUUUUUAUAAAGUAUCUGAAAAUUGCCUCUUUGAACUUGAAGAUCUACCAUCUGAGUUACCUCCACAGCUGUGAGACACGUAAAGGACAGCUGCUGCUGUGGUCUGCCAACAAGGUAUUUGAAGAGCUGACAGACAUUGAGCGACAGUUUCACAAAGCCUUGUACACAGUCCGAGCCUACCUCAACUGUGACCGCUACUCUGUUGGUUUACUUGACAUGACAAAGGAAAAGGAGUUCUUUGACAUCUGGCCUGUGUUGAUGGGAGAGCAGCCACCUUACUCUGGCCCUGUAACUCCUGAUGGCAGGGAGGUAAUUUUCUACAAAGUGAUUGAUUAUAUAUUACAUGGAAAAGAAGACAUCAAAGUAAUACCCAAUCCAACUCCAGAUCACUGGGCCUUGAGCAGCGGCCUGCCAACUUAUGUUGCUGAGAGUGGUUUUAUCUGUAACAUUAUGAAUGCAGCUUCUGAUGAGACGUUCCAAUUUCAGACUGAGCCACUUGACAGCAGUGGUUGGACCAUAAAAAAUGUUCUCUCGCUGCCAAUUGUCAACAAAAAAGAAGAGAUAGUAGGUGUCGCCACCUUUUACAACAGAAAAGACGGAAAGCCUUUUGAUGAUCACGAUGAGAAUCUCAUGGAGGCUUUGACCCAGUUCCUGGGCUGGUCAGUUUUGAACACGGACACUUAUGACAAAAUGAACAAGCUCGAGAAUCGGAAGGACAUUGCUCAGGACAUGGUGCUCUACCAUGUUAAAUGUCGGGAUGAUGAGAUUCAGAAUAUCUUGAACACCAGAGAGGUCUAUGACCUUGAGCCCAGAGACUGUGAAGAGGAUGAGCUCCUAGCUAUCCUGAAAAAAGACCUACCUCCACUGAUUAAGAAGUUUGAGAUCUACGAGUUCCACUUUUCGGAUUUUAACUGCACAGAGAUGGAGUUGGUGAAGUGCGGGAUCCAGAUGUACUAUGAGGUUGGGGUGGUCAAGAAGUUCCAGGUCCCUCAAGAGGUGUUGGUUCGGUUCAUGUACUCAGUCAGUAAAGGCUACAGGCGAAUCACCUACCACAACUGGCGUCAUGGCUUCAACGUGGGACAGACCAUGUUUACGCUAUUAACGACGGGAAUGCUGAAGCGAUACUACACUGACUUGGAGGUAAUGGCCAUGAUAACUGCAGGCUUCCUGCAUGAUAUCGAUCACAGAGGGACAAACAACUUGUACCAAGUCAAAUCCGGUAACCCUCUGGCCAAGUUGCACGGCUCCUCCAUCCUGGAACGACACCAUCUAGAGUUUGGAAAGUUCCUCUUGUCUGACGAGUCACUGAAUAUCUACCAGAACCUCAACAGGCGACAAGUCGACCAUGUCAUUCAUCUCAUGGACAUUGCCAUCAUCGCCACUGACCUGGCUCUUUAUUUCAAGAAAAGAACCAUGUUCCAGAAGAUUGUGGACCUUUCACACACAUAUGAGGAUGAAAAGAAGUGGGUAGAUUUCAUGUCGCUAGAAACAACCAGGAAAGAGAUCGUCAUGGCUAUGAUGAUGACAGCCUGUGACUUGUCUGCUAUCACCAAGCCUUGGGAGGUACAGAGCAAGGUUGCCUUGUCUGUAGCAGCAGAGUUUUGGGAGCAGGGUGAUCUGGAGAGGACAGUACUGGAACAGCAACCCAUUCCCAUGAUGGACAGGACCAAGGCAGCUGAGCUUCCAAAGCUACAAUGUGGUUUCAUUGACUUUGUCUGCACGUUUGUCUACAAGGAGUUCUCUCGCUUCCACCCACAAAUCCAGCCCAUGCUUGAUGGCAUCCUCAAUAACAGGAAGGAGUGGAAUGCUAAAAAAGAGGAGUAUGAAGCUAAACUCAAAGCUUUAGAGGAGGAGAAGGCUGCUAAAGAGGCGGCUACAGGCAAUAAAGCUCCUGCAAACAAUUCCGGUGGUGGAGGCUCUGGCUCCAAGACCUGCUCGAUAUGCUAGAGGAUCAAAAAGCUGUGCAAAUGAUUGGAGUGCAUAUGGACGAGAUCAUAACAGACUGACUUCAGAGUUACCUUCAGAAUCACAGCCAGUCAGUGAGUCUCACUGCCAAGGGCAAAAAAUAAAAAAUAAAAAUGCAAUGAUGUCAGGAAGAUGGAUACAUGAAAGAAUGCAAAGCCCCAGAGUAUUUCUUAAGAAAUACUGGUUCAUAUGAAAAAAGAAAAAGCCGAACAAGGAGAGACAAUCAAUGUUUUAUCUUGAAGGGACACUAACCAGGUGAGCUUAAAAAUUAAAGACAUUUCAAAAAUAAAAAAGAAUUCAAAAUGCAGCAGAAAUAUAAACUGCUAGUCAUGAGUACUGCUUCUAUGUAACACUUGCUUACAUGUAAGACAAAAGUACCCAUCCCUGUCUUAAUAUUAUUUGUGUUUAUAUAUGAAUCAACAGCCAAGGUGAUUUUUGAAUCUCUGGUUUUCAUUCAUCCUCAUACUGUACAGUGAAUGUUCUAUACAAGUAAUUAUUUGCUGCUAAGUCCAAAUCACUGUAGAUUGUAUAUCAUGUUUGGAGCAAUGCUUUCAAACAUACUGUAUAUUGUACAUUACUGCAAUAAUCAUUUAGUGUUUCAGAAUGUAAAUUUAGAUAAUGGGUAGAUAGAAAUAUUAUUGAACAGUUGUACAUAUAUUCCACUAUUCCAGAAUGAGAAUUUCAUUUUCACUUCUUCCAGUCACUAAACAUUUACAAAUGAGAGUUUGUUUACCUUGUCUGCAGAGAGCCAAAGAUGGUAGAUGAUGAGUUCAGGGCUGCUGCAGGAAAAGAUGCAUAUUUGUGAAGACUAUAUGGCAUAGGAAUAUAACUUUACUGCCUGCAAACAAGCCUGUAGUUGCUUACUCAUGAUGCCUUCUUACUGUACAUAUAUAUGAGAGAGUAGCUGAGAAUGUUACCAUGUUUCGUGAAUAUAAAUUUACAAAUGUCUUAACAAAAUAGAGGACAGUGAAACCCAGUUACUACUCUGGAAAUGAGUUGGUCCCAGAUAAGAUUAAUGUUAUUAUGAAGUUAAGAAUUAAGUUUUGAAGCAUUAAACAGUAGCUGGAGAAACUUUCUUUCUCCAGCUGCUACAUGAAGUUCAUACUCUUUGAACCCUAAUGGGAUUCUUUAAAAAGAGCAGCCAGAAUGCACCACCUGAGGACUAACUCCACCUCUGAGGCCAUCGUAACAUUCAUAAUAUGUAACAAUGAUGUGUUCUCAUGUGAGAGGAAACUAAAUACAAAUAUGGAGGAAAAUGCAAACUUCACACAAAAAAGGAUCAGGUCAGAGACCUGAGCUGUUUGACACAGCACAAGGGAGUAACUCAACUUCUUGUAAAAACAUGUACAUAU